AUAAAUCAUUGCUUCACUGCUUUUCACUAAUAAAUUAAGCAAUUCAACAACGAUUAGAGGAAUCGAAACGAUCGAGAGAUGAAGAGAUUAAAUAUCUGGAAACACUUCCAUAUCGGACACCACAACACGACGAACGGCUCAGAAAAUUGCUGAUCGAUCGGGAGUUCCAGAAACGCGCCGAAGAGAUGGGCGCCGAUGAGGACGAGGAUGAAG